AUGGCCAACCCUUCAGCACAAAUGAAAGAAGGAACGAUCCCUUUUACCUAUCAGGGGGAGACAUUCGAUACGCACUAUAAGGUCUUUGGCGAAUUGGCCAACCGCUCACGUCCACCACUUCUCGUCCUGCACGGAGGACCUGGGCUGACUCAUGAUUACUUGUUGCCCCUCUCCGAUCUUGCGCUCGUCGGCAUCCCAGUCAUUCUCUACGACCAAAUCGGUAACGGAGCGUCCACUCACCUGAGACAGAAGGCCACAGAAUUCUGGACAAUCGACCUGUUCGUCGCCGAACUCGUCAACCUAGUCAAGAAGCUCGACAUCGAGAAGUCCUACGACAUUCUUGGGCAUUCGUGGGGAGGCGUGCUGGGAGCGGAGUAUGAAAUCCGCGAGCAACCGAAGGGCUUGCGACACCUCGUUCUGAGCAACGCCCUGGCGGCGGCGGAGAUCCGGUCACGGUCCGUUGCGCAACUUGCACAGGCAAUUUCAAGAGAGGUUCAGGAGGGACUGGCCGUUAGGAUGAAGGACCCGCAGAGAUACUACGCUGCCUUAAAGGCCCUGCACGCUAAGCAUGGGUGCACGGUGCAGCCGACGCCCCCAGAAGUCGUUCGGUCUUUCGAUCGCAUCUUCGCGGAGGACGGCGAUCCGACAGUGUCAAUGACAUCGAUUUUGAAAGACUGGACAAUCAUCGAUCGCCUGCACAGAGUACUGGCUCCAACUCUGGUCAUCAACGGGCGCAAGGAUUUCAUGCAGGACUUCGUAGUGGCGCCCUUUUUCGAGAAAAUCAACAAAGUGAAGUGGAUCACUUUCGAGCAGUCGAGUCACUGUCCGUUCUGGGAGGAGCGACAAAGAUAUAUGGAGGUCAUCGACGAUUUCCUGAAGUUGUGA